AUGUCACAACCUUUUGUCUCCACUUCAAGCAAAUCUUCCAAAGAACAUGCAAACCCUAAUACUAGUGGCACUGAGAUAGAUCUCUCAAAUGUCAUCACUGAUGUUGUUCCUCUCUCAAUCAUUCAUGUCCAUGCAACCCCCAUGAGAAAGGCCAGAACCUCUUCCUCAAGAAAAAGCAAGCCUACAAAAGUAAGUACCACUUCCACUCCCUCCAUAACUGCAAGCAAUAUGAAUGAUCCUGAACCCCUCACUGGUGUGAAUAAACACAUGUCCAUGACUAACUUGUAUCUUGAUCCCAUCAGCAUCAAACCUAAUGUUGGUAUUAAUGAAGGUUGCCCCGCUGUGACAAAUGCUGUUGAAAAUGUUGAAGCUUCUAGAACCAGCAAUAAACCUAGCUUUGUUACUGCCUUGAAUAACAGUUUUAAGAACCCCAUAAAUGAUCCUGAUGUGCAUGCUUCUACUCUCUCUCCUGAGAAAUCUCAAGACAAAGAAAGGUCAGAAGAUAUUCUUAAUGAGUUGGGUAACAAAGAUAAAAACCUUGUUGAUCAACCCACUUACAUUAUUAAUAUUGAGGAAUUAGACUCUGAUGAUGUUUCUAUUGGUCAACGAUUGGCUCCUGGCAUAGCUAAACGGUUGAAGAAUAGGAAGGAUCAAGCUGUUGGGUCCUCCAACACUCCCUCCAAAUUUGUCAGAAAGAAGGAUAAUGUUGGUCCCACUAAAAGUUGGAGCAAGGUGGUUACUCCUACACUUAAGAAGAAGUCCCUGAAAAGGAAGGAAGUUCCUACUGAGUCUAGUGAAUUUGAUCAGGAUGUCGAACACAAUGUUCAAUACAUCAUCUCCACUUCCAGAAAGCAAGCCUAUGGGAAGAAGAUUCCAUCCGACAUUCUUGAGUACCACUUUACAACAUCUUUUUUCACUCUGUGGAAAAUAUUGAAAAAUGGAAAUAUGUUUAUCAAAGAAGGUUUUAGGAAGUGCUAUGAGAUAUUGGUCAAAAAACUUAUAAUGAACAUCUCCAAAGAGUGUGACAACAAAAGGAGCAAGGAAUUCAGAAAAGUGUAUGUAAGAGGAAGAUGUGUGGAUUUUUAUCCUGAAAUAAUCAACAGGUUCUUAGGAAGAAAUGAAGAAGAACAAGCUGAAAUUGAAGUUUCAAACAAUUUCAUCUACAAAGAGAUCAUAGCUAAGCAAGUAAAAGAAUGGCCAAGGAAAGGAAAAUUGUCUAUUAGUGCCUUGAGUGCCAAGUAUGUUGUUCUCCAUAGAAUUGGAGCUGCUAAUUAG